AUGAGAAUUACCGUUGCAGCUUCUCUUCUUGCCGCAAUGGCAGUGGCCACGGCCUUUCAAAGCCCAAUUCAGUUUGCAGCGAACUCAGAACCCACUUUGGACCAGCUUUGGGGCGAAGACUGGCCGUUCAACGGAAUACAGACCUUUGCUCACCUGAACUACACCAAAUGUCUCUUGGACCCGGAGACCAGUUUCGACGUCGCGGUCAUUGGCGUGCCGUUCGACACGGCAACGACCUACCGCAGCGGCGCCCGGUUCGGUCCUCGGGCCAUCAGAACAGGCUCGCAGCGUCAGACCUCGAAGAGAGCUUUCAACACCAGAGCCGGCAUCAACCCUUACCAGGACUGGGCCAAAGUGAUCGACUGCGGCGACAUCCCGGUAACCCCAAUGGACAACGAGCUCGCUCUGGACCAGAUGUCUAAGGCGUUUGAGGAGUUGCUGCUGAGAAGAAAAAAUGCUGUCGACGGUUCUGGGCCUCCUAAGCUGGUCGCAUUGGGCGGCGACCACUCCGUCCUGCUGCCCCACCUAAGAGCUCUCAACAAGGUGUAUGGAAAGGUGGCCGUCAUCCACUUUGAUGCGCACCUCGACACCUGGUCGCCAUCGAAAUACCCUUCGUUCUGGUCGAGCGACCAGUCCAAGUUCACCCACGGAUCGAUGUUGUGGAUGGCUAACGAGGAGGAUUUGCUGAGUGACGACUAUAACGUCCACAUUGGGCUCCGGACCAGAAUCAGCGGCAGAGACUGGGAGGACUAUGAGGACGACGACGACCAGGGCUGGGCCAGAUUCAGUGCAGACGAUAUUUGGAUCAACGGACUUGGAGGACUCAAGGAGAUCGUCAGGUCCAUCAACGAAAGAAUUCCAAAAGACUACCCCACAUACGUGUCUGUGGACAUUGAUUGUCUGGACCCUGGAUUUGCUCCUGGCACGGGAACGAUCGAGUCUGGCGGACUGCUUCCUCGCGAGCUAUUUUAUCUGCUGAGAAACAUCGACGUCAACCUUGUUGGGGCCGACGUUGUUGAAGUGUCGCCUCAGUACGACCAUGCUGAGAUCACUGCCACUAACGGCGCAGAGGUGGCUUACCAGUUGAUUACGUCGAUCGUGAAGCAGGGGAAAAAAUAA